CGUGGCCACCAGCUGUCAGCACAGAGGAAGGACUUAAAGCAAGCAGAGAGGGAGAGGUCAGCCCUCCUCCUCUGAGUCCACAUCAGAACCAGAGACAGACAGCUGCUGCCCCUGUGUGCCUGCAGACCAGGUCCAGUCUCCAUGUUACAGACAGGAUGAACAUGUUCCUGAGCCUCUGACCUUCAGGGACCUCCUCUGAAGAAGAAGAUGCCCGAUGCGCGCUGCUCUGUGCUAGAAGAUGGCGGAGUCGGAUGGAGGGGAUUUUGCUUCGCAGUAUCCACGGAACAGUAUGGCUAACAAGAACAGCACCCUGCGCUGUACAUUCUCGGCCCCCAGCCACAGUGCCACCCUCCUCCAGGGUUUGUCCAUCUUACGAUCACAGGGUCAGCUCCUUGACGUCGUGCUCGCCAUCAACGAGGAGCGCUUCCAGGUCCACAAGGCUGUACUGGCUGCCUGCAGUGAUUACUUCAGAGCGAUGUUUACAGGAGGGAUGAGGGAAUCAAGUCAAGACACCAUUGAGUUGAAGGGUCUGUCGGCCCGUGGCCUGAAGCACAUUAUUGACUUUGCCUACAGUUCAGAGGUCACUCUAGACCUGGACUGUAUUCAGGAUGUCCUCGGGGCAGCCGUGUUUCUCCAAAUGGUCCCAGUCGUGGAGCUCUGCGAGGAGUUCCUGAAGUCGGCGAUGAGCGUGGAGACCUGCCUGCACAUCGGCCAGAUGGCCACCACCUUCAGCCUGUCUUCCCUCAAAGAAUCAGUGGAUGCCUUCACCUUCCGACACUUCCUCCAGAUCGCCGAGGAGGAGGACUUCUUGCACAUUCCCAUGGAGCGCCUGGUGUUCUUCCUGCAGAGCAACAAACUAAAGAACUGUAACGAGAUUGACCUCUUCCACGCCGCCAUCAGGUGGCUCAGGUAUGACGCGUCUCGCAGGGCUCAAGCCAGCAGCGUCCUCUGCCACGUGCGCUUCCCUCUGAUGCGCUCGUCCGAGCUGGUGGACAGCGUUCAGACGGUGGACAUCAUGGUGGAGGACGUGCUGUGCCGCCAGUAUCUCCUCGAGGCCUUCAACUACCAGAUUCUUCCUUUCCGACAGCAUGAGAUGCAAUCGUCCCGAACGCUCAUCCGCUCUGACGUCAUGUCGCUCAUCACCUUCGGGGGGACGCCGUACACCGACAACGACCGCACCGUGAGCACAAAGGUGUACCACCUCCCCGACAUCGCCUCCCGCCAGUUCAAGGAGCUGACGGAGAUGGAGGCCGGGUGCAGCCACGCUUGCGUCGCCGUGCUUGAUAACUUUGUGUACGUGGUCGGCGGGCAGCACCUGCAGUACCGCAGCGGCGAGGGGGCGGUGGACAGCUGUUAUCGCUACGACCCGCAUCUGAGCCAGUGGCUGCGCAUCCAACCCCUGCAGGAGGCUCGGAUCCAGUUUCAGCUCAACGUGCUGCGCGGACUCCUGUACGCCACCGGGGGGCGCAACAGAUCCGGCAGUCUGUCAUCUGUGGAGUGUUACUGCCCGAAGAAGAACGAGUGGGCUUGUGUGGAGCCAUUAAAACGCAGGAUUUGGGGUCAUGCAGGGACCCCUUGUGGAGAGAAACUGUACAUAUCAGGGGGUUACGGGGUCUCACUGGACGACAAGAAAACCCUCCACUGCUACGACCCGGCUUCGGACCAGUGGGACUUCAGCCCCAUGAACGAGCCAAGAGUGCUGCACGCCAUGAUCAGCGCCAGAGAUCGGGUGUAUGCGUUGGGCGGUCGCAUGGACCACGUGGACCGCUGCUUCGACGUCCUCGCGGUCGAGUAUUACGUCCCCGAAAACGACCAGUGGACCACGGUGAGCCCCAUGAGAGCGGGGCAGUCCGAGGCCGGCUGCUGUCUGCUGGACGGGAAGAUCUACAUCGUCGGGGGGUACAACUGGCACCUGAACAAUGUGACGAGCAUCGUGCAGGUCUACAACACGGACACGGACGAGUGGGAGAGGGAUCUGCACUUCCCAGAAUCCUUUGCGGGCAUCGCUUCUACAUCGAUCAUAAUUCCACAGAACACCACGCAGCGCUAAUGAUCCGACCUGUGACUGUCAACGUUUCAUUCUAUGUGCUUUUCUCUGCCGACCACAGAAACAACACAAAGUGUGAACGCUAUGAAAGAGUGUGUGAGUGUGUGUGUGAGUGUGUGUGUGUGUGUGUGUGUGUGUUUUGAUUCAUCAGUAGUAACCACUCACUAUAACUCUUAUCUUUAUCUUGCUUGAGGCAGGACGUGUUAAACCAACAAAUCAAUCUUCCUGGUUUUGAAGUCUGGUAUUUAACAGAGUCAGUAAAAGCACCACAGACAUUCUGAUGAGUCGUCUGGAGGAGCGAUCCUGAACUCCGUCUGUGAAAUGUUAAAGUGUUAAAGUUUCUCCACUCAAGGGCUUAAGUUACAGACAGCACAAACCGUCUCUGAAGGCUUGAGUUGUUGUGUGUGUGUGUUUGCAGAGGUGUUAACAGACUUAUUCAAAUGUGUGACGUAAUGAUUGUACAGUUCAGAAUGUUUCAUUUUGUUUGCUCUUAUUUUUAUGAUUCAAAGAUCAAACUGAAGGAAAUCGUUGAGUGAUCAGUGAUCAGUGAUCGUUGCACAAAUUAACUUAUAUUUGUUGUUUUGAUUUAAAGUCAGAUUUAGCUGAUGCUUUUCCUCGUGUGUGUGUGUGUGUGUGUGUUUUUGUUUCUGUUAUACUGAGGGGACACACCGUGUGGGGCGCAGUUUGUAAAGAUGUGCACACCGAAAAUAACAACACUUCUCCACAUUUAGAUUCAAAACGACAUAAAAAGUAGAAU